GUUAAUCAGUAAUACUCUGCUGUACGCUCAUCCUGAUCAGGACCCUGAGCACAGAGCUGCCACCAUGUCGGUGAAAUUUGAGAUGACAAACAUGGACAUGAAGUUGGGAAAAACCCUGAAGCUCAAGGGCAAGAUCGCCGACAACGUGGACGGCUUUGCUGUUAACCUGGGCCAGGGGGCAGAUGAACUGGCCCUGCACUUUAACCCUCGCUUCAACGAAUCCACCAUCGUCUGCAACUCGCGGGACAGCGGCAACUGGGGACAGGAGCAGCGAGACAAUCACAUGUGCUUUGGCCAGGGGGCAGAGGUCAAGCUCUCCGUGACCUUUCAGGCUGACGAAUUCAAGGUGACACUGCCAGACGGAUAUGAACUGACCUUUCCCAACAGGCUGGGCCACAGCCACCUGAGCUACCUGUGCGUGCGGGGCCUCCACAUCUCCUCCUUCAAGGUUGACUGAGCGGGCAGGCAGCACCUCCUCAAACCCGAGUCCCCAGCCUAGACUCCCUGUCCUGAGCCUUCCUGCGCUCCCCUGCUCCCAGAAUCAGAGGCCCUUGGCUCCUGGAUCUUUCUCCCAGCCUUUCACUUGCACUUCCUGCCCCCCUUUCUUCCCCUGAAGUCAAGAGUA